AUGUCUUCCACACCCUCACCUCCCGAAAUUCACAAGACCGUCAAUCUGCUGAUUGACAACUUGGUCAACAUUAAAGAUGAGACAGGCAGGUUUCUUCUGCCUCUCCCUGAUGGGCGCAUUAUCGACACCAAGUCCUGGCACGGGUGGGAGUGGACACACGGCAUCGGGUUGUACGGCCUGUGGAAAUACUACGAAUUGACAGGCGAGGAGAGAUUGCUGCAGAUUAUCGAAGAUUGGUUCGCGGCACGCAUCGCAGAAGGGGGCACGACAAAGAAUAUCAACACUAUGGCGGUCUUUUUGACCCUCGCCUAUGUCUAUGAGAAGACCGGCAAUGUCACUUACUUGCCCUGGCUCGAUUCCUGGGCCGAGUGGGCAAUGUACGAGCUGCCGCGCACCCGCUACGGCGGUAUGCAGCACAUCACCUAUAUCACAGAGAACUACCAGCAACUCUGGGACGACACUCUCAUGAUGACCGUCAUGCCGCUGGCAAAGAUCGGGAAGCUGCUCAACCGCCCGGAGUACAUCGCCGAGGCCAAGAAGCAAUUCCUGACGCACAUCAAGUACCUGUUCGACACUAAAACAGGUCUCUGGUUCCACGGCUGGACCUUCGAAGACGGCGGGCACAACUUUGCAGACGCGCGCUGGGCUCGUGGUAACAGUUGGGUCACCAUUGUCAUUCCCGAGUUCAUCGAGCUUCUUGAACUCCAACCCAACGAUCCCAUCCGCCUCCACCUCAUCGACACUCUGGAGGCACAGUGUGAAGCUCUCGAGCGUCUGCAGUCCUCUUCUGGAUCCUGGCACACUCUUCUUGAUCACCCCGACUCCUACUUGGAAGCCUCGGCAACUGCAGGAUUUGCGUACGGUAUUCUCAAGGCCGUUCGCAAGAGAUACAUCGGCCCGCAAUACCGUGCUGUGGCUGAAAAGGCCAUUACCGCGGUGAUAGGGCACGUGGAUGAGAGUGGUGAAUUACAAAACACCAGCUUUGGCACAGGAAUGGGUGACUCUUAUGAGUUCUACAAGGAAAUUCCCUUGACCUCGAUGCCUUAUGGCCAGGCCAUGGCAAUCAUGGCCUUGGGUGAGGCUCUGAGGGGCACACUGUGA